CGCACGCCGUCUCUUCUCUUCGAUUCGAUUCGAGUCGAGUCGAGUCGAGUCGUCGCCGAUCGGGUUUUGGGUCGCUGUUUUUGUUGCUGAAGAUUUCGAUCUUGAAGCUGCGGAAUUUGGGUCUGAUUCGAUUCGUGUUUUGGGCAGAGGGGAGAUGGCGAAGUCGAAGAACCACACCGCGCACAACCAGUCCUACAAGGCCCACAAGAACGGCAUCAAGAAGCCGAGGAGGCACCGCCACACCUCCACCAAAGGGAUGGACCCCAAGUUCCUGAGGAACCAGAGGUACGCCAGGAAGCACAACCAGAAGACGGAAGGUGCAUCCGAAGACGAGUAGACUAGCUUUUCUUCCGCACUGAAAAAGAUGGCUUCUUUUUGGGGGGGCCGUCGAUUACUAGGGGUUUGGUUUUGUUCCAGACAUUAUGUCAAAGUUUGAUUUUUGAUUCGUGAUCUCCUUCAGUUUUACUGGGUUACAUUUUGACUGCUAUUGUAGUGACAUUACUCUGUUUUUAAGCCAUCUAUUAUCCAUA